GGGCGGGGAGGGCGCGCGCGCGCCCCGGCGGCUGCGGCAGUUGCGCGCUGGGAUUGCAGCCGAGCGGCGGGCCGAAUUCAGCGUACAAUUAAAAUAAAAUGACAACUUCCUGGAGUGAUCGCUUACAGAAUGCAGCAGAUAUGCCUGCUAACAUGGAUAAGCAAGCCCUGAAAAAGUACCGGCGUGAAGCCUAUCAUCGGGUGUUUGUGAAUCGAAGUUUAGCCAUGGAAAAAAUAAAGUGUUUCGGUUUUGAUAUGGAUUACACCCUUGCUGUGUACAAGUCCCCGGAGUAUGAGUCUCUUGGCUUUGAACUUACUGUGGAGAGAUUAGUUUCUAUUGGCUAUCCCCAGGAGCUGCUCAGCUUUGCUUAUGAUUCUACAUUCCCUACCAGGGGACUUGUCUUUGACACCCUUUAUGGAAAUCUCUUGAAAGUUGAUGCCUAUGGAAACCUCUUAGUCUGUGCACAUGGAUUCAACUUCAUAAGGGGUUCUCAGGUAGCUGCUCAGAAGAGACCAGAAACUAGAGAGCAGUAUCCAAAUAAAUUUAUCCAGCGAGAUGACACUGAAAGAUUUUACAUUCUGAACACACUAUUCAAUCUACCAGAGACCUACCUGUUGGCCUGCCUAGUAGAUUUUUUUACUAAUUGUCCCAGAUAUACCAGCUGUGAAACAGGAUUUAAAGAUGGGGACCUUUUCAUGUCCUACCGGAGUAUGUUCCAGGACGUCAGAGACGCUGUGGACUGGGUCCAUUACAAGGGCUCCCUUAAGGAAAAGACAGUUGAAAAUCUUGAGAAGUAUGUAGUCAAAGAUGGAAAACUGCCUUUGCUUCUGAGCCGAAUGAAGGAAGUAGGGAAAGUAUUUCUUGCCACAAACAGUGACUAUAAAUACACUGAUAAAAUUAUGACAUACCUGUUUGAUUUCCCACAUGGCCCCAAGCCCGGGAGCUCCCAUCGACCAUGGCAGUCCUACUUUGACCUAAUCUUGGUGGAUGCACGGAAACCACUCUUUUUUGGAGAAGGCACAGUCCUGCGACAAGUGGACACUAAAACUGGCAAGUUGAAAAUCGGUACCUACACAGGCCCCCUGCAGCACGGCAUCGUCUACUCGGGAGGUUCAUCUGAUACAAUCUGUGACCUGUUGGGAGCCAAGGGCAAAGACAUUUUAUAUAUUGGAGAUCACAUUUUUGGAGACAUUUUAAAAUCAAAGAAACGGCAAGGGUGGCGGACUUUCUUGGUGAUUCCUGAACUUGCUCAAGAACUUCAUGUCUGGACUGACAAGAGUUCACUUUUUGAAGAGCUUCAGAGUUUGGAUAUCUUCUUGGCUGAACUUUACAAGCACCUUGAUAGCAGUAGCAAUGAGCGCCCAGACAUUAGUUCCAUCCAGAGACGUAUUAAGAAAGUGACUCAUGACAUGGAUAUGUGCUAUGGGAUGAUGGGAAGCCUGUUCCGCAGUGGCUCCAGGCAGACGCUCUUUGCCAGUCAAGUGAUGCGCUACGCUGAUCUCUAUGCGGCGUCUUUCAUCAAUCUGCUAUAUUACCCAUUCAGCUACCUCUUCAGAGCUGCCCAUGUCUUGAUGCCUCAUGAAUCAACGGUGGAACACACACACGUGGAUAUCAACGAGAUGGAAUCUCCCCUCGCCACCCGGAACCGCACAUCAGUGGAUUUCAAAGACACCGACUACAAGCGGCACCAGUUGACACGGUCAAUCAGUGAGAUUAAACCUCCCAACCUCUUCCCGCUGGCCCCCCAGGAAAUUACACACUGCCACGACGAAGACGAUGACGAGGAGGAGGAGGAGGAGGAGGAGGAAGAGUAAGGAGGAACACCAAAACGCUGAGUGCCCGUUGAACAAGUUCUUGCAGGACUCACAGGAACGAAGGAGGUCCCUGUUUGGGUUCUGCUGGGGAGGCGGGGGGCUCCAGCAAAGGUACGUCGGGGCAGAGAGGCUGUUUUAGCUGUGUAUCUAUACUCUUGCAGAUGACUCAGAGUUGUAACGGAGGCUGUGUUGGAAGAAAGGGUAAAGUCAGGCUGAACUGCAUGCACAUGGCUUCACUGUGGCUUGUGACACUGUUUCCUUGUCUUCUUCGUCAUUAGUGUGCCUGGAUACAUUAAGGGUUAAGGGUCUUAGGACGCUGUCCUGUUACAAACUGUGCUAGUGCUCAAAAAUCCCACUGUUUCAGUGAAUUACACAGUAUUGUAUAUCAGUGGAAACACACUGUCUCCAUUAUGAAAUGUCUUCUGUUAAGGUCAAGUUUCCUUUUUUAAAGCCUUCAAGUGUCUCGGCAGCUCUGGCGGGGCUGCUGCUCUGGAGUGGCUUUGCAGAAGUAGUCUCCGCUUGCUUUAGGGCUGAUCUGGAGUGGACGGCAGAUACUCUGGAAGCCAAAGUCCUCAUCCUUUCUGUAUUUUUUUAGGUUGAUGGAACAAAUGCUUAUUUGUUAUCUCAAAACAAUCCUUCUCAUUGGUGAUAAAUCUGUAGAGAGAGAGGCCAAAAGAGCAAGCUCCAGAACACAAGAAGAGAACCUUCUUCCAUCGCAUCCCAGCCCGAGUGGCACACUCGUGUGGGGGUCGAGCUAUGGUUCCGGCCGCCAGAACAAGGUUUCUCUGUCCUGUGGAGGUGGCAGCCUAGUUUAAAGCCGAGCACUGGAGGACCGGGAGAAGGCUUCGUAAGCCAGGCCUUUGCCAGAGCAGGGGCACAAUCAGUGUGACUAAAUUCACUUCCAAAUCCCUCGUGAAGCCGCUUGUUCUGGACGAGAAGGAAUCAUUACUGUGUGUGAUAGGGUGUGUGACUGCCUCACCAAGUACAGUGGAGUUGUUGCAGUAUCUUUAACAGUGGUGUAACUCUUUGACCUUCAUAUCUUUUCUUCCAUUCUUGUUGUCGUUAGUCAGCAGGGGAGGGUAGCUCUAGAAUUCAAUAAAGAGUAACAUUUCUAACA